AUGCCGCAGUUCAGCGACAUCUGGCUACCAUGCCUGAUUCUGCUUGUUUUUUGGGCUCGCCCCACCGCAGCUUUUGGUGCGGGCAACAUCGCAAGCUUGAGUUCCAUUGAGGGACAGAACUGGCGUCAUGGAGAUAUCGAGGACACUCUUCUUACGCUACUCAUAAGCGGUCACACUGGCAAGAAAUUCAGCAAGAUGGACGUCAAGCGUGUCUACUUUGGCAACUGGCUGCGCGACUACUCGCAAGCAGUCGAUGUGGGCACUGUCAAGAUGGUCUCAGCAGAGGCGAUUCGCAUUCUACUAUGGGUUCUUGGCUUCAUGAGCUUCGGAUACGGCACCAAGGAGUUCGAGGUUACCCGUGACCGCCUUGGCUGCUACAGGCCGGAGGAGCACAUCGACAACCCCAAGGACUAUGCUGACAACAUCGAUGCCCGCGACUACGAUCGCCGUCUACGAGGUCCUGUUGACGAACGCCGUGAGCUCAGUAUCGAUGAGAGGACAGGCCUGAAGAACUACAUUGCCUCGGACGAUUUGGGCAUCACAACAUCGGCUGGCAUGGUCCGCGACCUGCUCACACGUUGCAUUGAUUUGGGUCAACGCUCUAGAGGGCGAGGUCCCGACUUUUACGAGGCUCUGCGUCUUCUCGGUACUGCCACACACUGCCUGGAGGACUAUGCUGCCCACUCCAACUAUGUUGAACUAACCUUGAUCGAGCUUGGUGUACAUGACGUUUUCCCCCACGUAGGUAGGAAUGCUCGUUUCUACGUCCAGGAAGCCAAAAAGGAGGUCUACCCCAUCGUCACCGGUACCUUUGGUGGUGUCGAUUUUUUGCACUCUGUAUGCGGAGAGAUUACGGACAAAGCUACCCAAUCCGAGCUUCAAGAGCUUGAAGGUGCCAUAUCCAACGCAGACAGGAGCAAGAACAAGAGCAAAAUCAAGGAGCUCCUCAAAAAGCUCCCAGAGGGCAUCUUUGGUGGUAAAGAUGAGUCUAGCAAAGCUGAUGAGCUUGAGAACAAUGCCAACGCUGCAGCUAUGGGCAAUAUGCACAUCACCCCCAAGGAGCCAGAAGAAUUUACUCAACAGAUUGGGGAACUAGUCAAGCAAAUCUAUCCCAUUAUGGAGUUCCACGAUGAGAUCAUGCAAUCUAUUUCUGAAUUCAUCGAGAAGAUUCCCAUCUUGCCGGACCUGAUUGAAGAAGUCCAGAACCAAGUCACCAUCUUCGUCUUCAGUCUGCUUGCUCCCUAUAUUUUGCCCAUUCUCAGCCAAGUCAAGACUGAGCUUGAAGAGGGCUCGAGCGAGGUCAUUGCAAGCUCUCGCGAAAAACAGCACAUUGUGUUCGACGACGACGAUUCCACCGACCCCACUCACAGUAUGCUUUCCAAGGAUCAUUUUUCUAACAUCCUCAAUGAGCCUGCUGGUCGAGUAGCUUCAGCCACGAUUGCCUGGGCUGUACCACAAAUUGUCCAGUGCUGGGAUGGCCAAGCAGACCCGACGGAGACCAUUAACACCAUCAUUAAAGGUGUGUUCCACCACCCUGCCUGUGUCGAAGCGGAUGAUAGGGCAAGGUAUACCGAAGGCCGUCGCAUCAUGUACAAUACUGUCCGCGACUGGUGGAAGGACCAAAACCAAGGCAGUCUGCGUGAGAAGCUUAGUCGUGAGGGUGUACAAACUGGUCAGAAUCACAAGGCUGAUAUGCACGACAAGGGGCACGGCUGCGGUAAGCCUCUGGGUAUGGCCAAUAACUUUGGCCCAGCAAGCAGCAAGACGGGUACCAAUGCACAGAUUCAACAAGCUUCCGAUCAUGUAGGCAAACUUGCAGGUGAAGCUGUUGGUGGUGGCGCCCUUGGCGGUCUUGUUGGGGGGCUCGUUGGUGGCAUUGGAGGCUCUAUUCUAGGAAACGCCUUCAAUGAGCAGGAGAGGAAGAGUCACAAAGAAGAGAGCUAUGGCAACGAUGGCUCCUACACUCAGUCGUAUUCGGAGACGGGGCACCACCAGGCGUCUUCAUAUGGUGAUAGUGAUCGCUACGGAAGUGCCCAGUAUCAGCAGACCCAGUACCCAGGCGGUGGGCGUCGGGAGGAGUACUCUCGUGAGGAACGAGAUGACCGUGGUGGAUCGUACAGCUACCAGCAAAGGGUUGAGACCUCAAGCUAUAGUGGAUCUGGCGGAUACGAGCGUCAUGAAGAGCGUCGUGUUCAGCAAGGGAGUGAAUGGCGCUCUGAAGAAUCGCGUGAGGGUUUUGACCGAUCAGGACAAUACUACUCGGAAGAAAAAGAGUAG